AUGUCGUCUGCGCUAGAUUCUUCAAAGCUGAAGAUCACCAAAACUACAGCACCAAAGACUAAACUGCCUAAUGACCAACUUGUGUUCGGCCAAUCAUUCACCGAUCAUAUGUUGACUAUUGAAUGGACUGCAGAGUCCGGUUGGGGCAUUCCAGAGAUCAAACCAUACGGAAAUCUCUCUCUUGAUCCAUCUGCUUGUGUUUUUCACUAUGCUUUCGAACUGUUCGAAGGUCUUAAGGCAUACAAGGAUAGUAAGGGAAAGAUUAGAAUGUUCAGACCAGACAUGAACAUGAAGAGAAUGAAUAAGUCUGCUGCUAGAAUAUGCUUGCCUACUUUUGAUUCUGAAGAACUCAUCAAGCUCAUCGGGGAAUUGUUGAAGAUCGACGGUGCUUUUAUCCCACAAGAGAGAGGAUACUCUCUUUAUAUCAGACCAACUAUGAUUGGGACGACAGCAGGUCUUGGUGUUGGAAUUCCAGACAGGGCUCUUCUUUAUGUCAUUUGUUCGCCUGUUGGACCAUACUAUAAGACUGGUUUCAAGGCAGUUAGAUUGGAAGCCACUGAUUACGCUACCAGAGCUUGGCCUGGAGGAGUUGGUGAUAAGAAACUCGGAGCAAACUACGCUCCAUGUAUCAAACCUCAACUUGAGGCUGCUUCCAGAGGAUAUCAACAAAAUCUUUGGUUGUUCGGUCCAGAAAAGAACGUUACGGAAGUGGGUACCAUGAACUUCUUCGUUGUUUUCCAGGACAAGGCUACAGGAAAGAAAGAGUUAGUGACGGCCCCAUUGGAUGGCACUAUUUUGGAGGGUGUGACAAGAGAUUCCAUUUUGAGCUUGGCAAGAGAGAGGCUCAAUCCAUCUGAAUGGGAUGUCAACGAGAGAUAUUGUACCAUCACUGAAAUUGCCUCCAAGGCCGAAUCUGGUGAAUUGGUCGAGGCUUUUGGUGCCGGAACUGCUGCAGUUGUGUCGCCAAUUAAAGAGAUUGGCUAUAACGGCACUGCUAUCAAUGUUCCUUUGCUUCCUGGCGAACAAUUUGGUCCUUUGACCAAACAAAUCGCAGACUGGAUUGCUGAGUUGCAAUAUGGUGUUGUUGAGAGCGAGUGGUCCAGAGUUGUGAAUUAA